GCUGGAAGCAGAGCGAGCGAGGCAGGGCCAGACGUGUCCCGCGGUGCGCGUGCGUCUGAGCGUCGCGUGGGUGUCCCCGCGGGGCCUAAAGGCCUUGGCAUCAUGGACUGUUGCCGCGGGUCCCAGCCCCGCAAAAGGGACGAGCCCGCAGGCGGGCGGGGCGGGGCGGGGCGGGGCCUGCAGUGAGGUCACCGGCGACUGGCGGCUCUGCCUCGGGGGCGGCGACGCGGCGUGGUCACUGCGGGGCGCACGGAGGGACGGCCGUGCUAUCAGACCCGAGUUGCAGGGGCUGGAGAGCGGCCGCAGGAAUACAGCGCCUCCAGUUGACCAGGAGCUCCGGGAGGGCAGGGGGUUGUCCCACCUGCUCUGUGUCCUGCCCCAGCCCUGGCCUGAGUUGAAUCAAGGACCAACUGCUCUCCACAUCCCUGCUCCCACUCUGCCUCUGGCCCCCGGCCAUGACGCCCCUGCUCACCCUGUUCCUGGUGGCCCUGGUGGGCCUCCCUGUGGCCCAGGCUCUGGACUGCCAUGUGUGCGCCUACAAUGGGGAGAACUGCUUCAACCCCAUGCGCUGCCCGGCCAUGGUCUCCUACUGCAUGACGACGCGCACUUACUACACCCCGACCAGGAUGAAGGUGAGCAAGUCCUGUGUGCCCAGUUGCUUUGAGACCGUGUACGACGGCUACUCCAAGCACGCGUCCACUACUUCCUGCUGCCAGUAUGACCUCUGUAACGGCGCUGGCCUCGCCACCCUCUCGACCCUGGCCCUGGCCCUUAUACUCUUGGCCACCCUCUGGGGUCUGCUCUAAAACCAGAGAGGGCAAAGCAUAGCCCCACCCUCUCCCCCGACACCCCCCACCCUCCCUCUGCCCUCCCCGACCCCCCAGCCACACCCAGGACUGUCUGCAAGAGGACUGUUGACCUCCCCCAGCCAUCCUGGGGUCUGCUUCCCAGUUUGUAAUCUGGUUUCCUAAAGGCUGAUGGUUUCCUAAAGGCUGACUACACCUCCCAAGGCUUCUGGCUUUGACGAGGCAGAUAAGCCUCUCCUCAUCCAAGGACUGGGACGAGGGCACAGCGUGCUGUUGGCCCAGGAACACUGAUUUGAAGGGGCCCUUUGGCCCCUCUGCCUUGUAGGUAUGCUGGAGGGGGAGGGGCGAUCGGGACCCGGGGGUGGGGGCCGGAUCCAGGAAGCAGGUUCUCCGGGGCUCCAGGAGGGCUGCCUGGGGCGGAGAGGGCUGGAGGGCGGAGGGAAGCAGGCCUGGGCCCCUGGGCUGUGCCCUCGUUCCAGGCAGCCCUGGCAAGGGAGGGACUAGCUCGGCCUGAAGAGGCCCCCGAGGGCCCUCCCGAUCCGGCGCCGGGCCCCUGCUCAGGACGUGGGUCCGGACAGAUCAGGCUAUAUUUGGUGGAGCUUGAGAGCUGAUCCCUGGGCUAUUUUUGGGCCAGGAGGGAAGGGUGCUGAGCCGCAGCCACCCGAAGCCUGGUCUGCAGCCCUAAGCAGGCCUGGCGGAGGGCUCCCUUUCACGGAGUGAACUCUUGCCGGGUGCCCGAAAGGAUUCGCCCAACCCCGUCGAACACGAGGGGGCAGGAGGGCGGGCGGGAGACGCCCUCUCGGGGACGCUCGGGGCCGCACCGGGCGAGGGCGGACUGGGCCGGCGGGAGGGGCGGGGAAGGCGGGCUUCGGGGGAAGGGGAGGCCAGGACGGGAGGAGGGAUCACAGCAGAAGGGUCGGAGGCCGCGCUCCCUCCGCGCUCAGCGGACGUUCCCUCGCCCCUGGCCGCGGGCGAUCGCACCAUGGUCCCGACUGAAGGGGGGCGUGGCGCGCCGGCCUCGGUCCGAAAGGCCGAGGGGUUUCGCGGCCCCUCGACUCUGACCCCGCCCGCGGGGAGGGCGAGAGCGCUGCACCGGCUGGAGCGCUCCUGCCUCAUCCCUGGGAGCGGCUCUCAGCUGCCUCCAAAUCACGCUGGGUCUCGAGAUCCCCAGGGACCCAGAAAGAGAGAGUCGCUCAGUCGUGUACGACUCCUUGAGACUCCUCAGACGGUAGCCCCCAGGCUCCUCUCUCCUUGGGAUUCUCCAGACAAGAAUACUGGAGUGGGUUGCCCUGUCCUCCAGUGGAUCCUCCUGAUCCAGGGAUGGAACCUGGGUCUCCCGCGUUGCAGGCAGACUCUUUACCUUUUGAGCCACUAGGAAAGCCCAGGGACCCAAGAAAGCUUAUCAUUUAAAGGGUACCCACCCCAGGUGAGCCCCACACCUCCAGGUUGCGGAAGGCCGGGUCUGUCCGCGGAGGGGAGCCUUCCAGCCAGCGCAGCCCGCGUGUGCCGGAUGGUGGCAGACGGCCCCAUGGGGGUUGUCCCUGGAACUCAGAAGUCCUUGGCCGCUAAGCGUGGCCCCUGUCAGGGGGACCUGUGCUGGAGAUCCUUUCCUCAGAGCUUCCCUCUGAGACCCCCCAGACAUCAGAGACCUGGACGCUUUGGGGAAGCCGGCGCAAGAAGUCCUUAGAUGGGGCUGGGUCGGACUUGGCAGAGGGCCUCGAAGCAGAAGGAGCGGCAGGUGGAGUGUUCAGCCCAGGGAGCGACCGGGUACCCCGCCAGUCUGUGUGAGCCCCUCCCUGGAGGAGGCUGGGAGGAAGCCUGACCACUCUACCCCCAGCUCCUCUUCCCAAAGACCCCCAGGAGUGGGCCACCUCAGGGAGGAGACCAAACCCCCCGAUGCACGUGCAGGCUGAUAGCGGGGGGCAGCCGCGGACAGACUGCUCUGUUGACUCAGCAGGAGAGGCCUGGGAAGCUGGGUCACCGACCGCUUGUGCAAGCGCUUUGUCCCGGGUCUAGUGGCUCCUCGGCUAGACCGGGUCCUCCCUCCCCCCGCCCGGUUCCAGCGAGGAUGGAGUGGAGCCCGGCCUGGCCCCAUGUGGGCUCUGAGCCGGGAUCCAGUGGCAGCUGAGAGUGUUGUGUUGCGGGGGGCGGCGCGUCUUACUCCUGCAUCCAUCUGUCCACGCUGAUCUGGGCCCAUGCCAACGCCCAUGGCACUGCCCCAGCGCUGGGGACCAGUCUGCCUACACCACCGCCGCAGACGGUUCCGCCUGGCCUGGCUGGGGGAGAAGCCCAGCGUAGAGCCCCGGAAAGGUGUUCCGCUCCUGCCCAGGCCCGGCCCCCUGGUGGGAAGCGUGUGGCUCUGCAAAGGCAGGAGCACCAGCGGGGCCCUUGGAAAUCAAACGGGUAAACUUGCCUGGACUGACUGUCUAGAAGGUUAGUAACUAACAGCUGCCAGUUCCCCUGCAGUCGUGGCUCUAAGCGCUCCAGCACAGCCCUGCACCUGGGUGCCGUCACCUGCCCCUUUCACAGACGGGGAGACUGAGACAGAGAUGAAGUGGCUGCCCAAGGCGGGCUGGACUUCUUGCCCCCCUCCACCGCACCCCCGCCCCACCUCCACCGCGGCCCCGCCCCACCCCCGUCCCCACAGCACCCCACCGCACGCCCGCCCCACCCCUACCGCACCCCGCCGCACCCCCAUCCCCACAGCACUCGGCCCCACCCCCACCGCGACCCCGCCCCACCCCCAUCUCCACCGCACCCCGCCCCACCCCCACCGCGGCCCCGCCCCACCAUGCAGUAGCUUCUUCCAUCAGCUGGGAGAGAAGGGAAAGCUGGGAAGGUGGGUUUAUAAGUUUAAGAGGACUUUAGCAUGUAAAGUAAUUAUACCAGCUUCAGGUCAGGAAAGCUUAGAAGGAGAACAUUGGAACUAGGUGUGAGAAGCCAUAAAUGCCACAGUCAAGGGGUUCAGCCCUGUGUGUGGGCGCUGGACCGGGGUGGAAAGCAAAGAGGAAGGCAGAGGGGCGCCCAGCACGGCAGGCUUGUCUGGCCCAGACCCCUUCCCCACCUGUGUCAGGGCCGUGGGGCCCCCAAAGAAACGAGAGCCUCGCGGGGCGGGCGGUGCCCGAGCUCAUCCUUGCAGCUCUUGGCGGCAUCUCAAGUCUGGAAGCAGCCUGCGCGACCCAGUAGCGGCUGCCUGAGCAGGUGACGGCCCUCCGUGGACCGCCCUCCCUGGGCUCCUGCGCCAUCCAUCCAUCUGGAGUCCGGCUGAGAAGCCGGUGCCAGAGCUCUGACGCAGAAAGCGGACCGGGCCUGGCGCCAUCACGUAACGAGGGCGUGGGUGCCCCAUUGUGGCCCUGUGGCUGGUGCCCGGAUGUGGACGACAUUGCAGAGGGGAGGUCGGACAGCUGCUUCUCCUCCUCCCUCUGUAGCGUGUGAUUUGUGGUGAUGUACUUCUUCACGAUUCUAGCCUCUGAGAAAGGUGGAAAGAAACUGAAAGGCCUCUUUCCUUUUCAUCCCAGCGCCCCCACCCACCCGCCGGCCCAGUUUGCUGGGUCCUGUCGCUCAGGCUGACCUGGAGCUGCUUGUUCAUGUCUCCAAGCCCCAGUUGUUCUGUGGUUAAAAUGAGGUUGAUAGCGCCCACCACACUGGGGCCUGGUGAGAGUGAGGAAGGUUGUGGCUGUAAGUGUGCGCCCCGGGCCGGGCACACUGGAGGCCCCAGGGGGAUGAAUGGACAGACAGAUGUACGGAUGGUGCCCUUUCCCUUCAGUCCACUUGCUGAGGUCCAGGCACUUCCCAGGCCCAAGUCCCAAGCCCUGCAGCUAUGGGGCAGGGAAUCGCCUUCAGGCUAUGGCCCCCGACUGUGUACACCGGAGCAGUCCUUUGUACCUCCUCAAAUCAGUGAAUAAAUGGAUGAAUACGUGUA